GGCCCUAGGAUGAGUAACUGCAGCAGUCGUGCAUUGACCCUACUCAGUAGUGUCUUUGGAGCGUGUGGUCUCCUUCUGGUUGGUAUAGCUGUCAGCACUGACUACUGGCUUUACAUAGAAGAAGGAAUUGUCCUACCUCAAAACCAAACUACUGAAGUCAAGAUGGCAUUACAUGCUGGACUAUGGAGAGUGUGUUUUGUGGCUGGUCGAGAAAAGGGUCGGUGUGUUGCUUCAGAAUUUUUUCAUGGACCAGAUACAGAUAUAGUGACAGAAAACACAGCAAAUAUACUCAAGACCAUCCGUAGUGCUACACCAUUUCCCAUGGUCAGCCUUUUUCUUGUGUUUACUGCCUUUGUCAUCAGCAACAUUGGACACAUCCGACCUCAGAGGACAAUACUGGCUUUUGUGUCUGGCAUUUUCUUUAUACUAUCCGGCCUUUCCCUUGUGGUAGGUUUGGUGCUUUAUAUCUCCAGUAUCAAUGAUGAAGUUAUGAACAGACCCAGUAGCUCUGAACAGUACUUCCAAUACCGAUAUGGGUGGUCUUUUGCUUUCGCAGCUUCCUCGUUCCUCCUAAAAGAGGGUGCUGGUGUUAUGUCUGUAUACUUAUUCACAAAACGUUAUGCAGAAGAGGAGAUGUAUCGCCCCCAUCCAGCUUUCUACCGUCCUCGUCUCAGCGACUGUUCAGACUAUUCAGGUCAGUUUCUACACCCUGAAGUAUGGCAUCGUGGACGCAGCCCAUCAGAAAUCUCUAGCGAUGUGUCAAUCCAGAUGACUCAGAACUAUCCACCAGCAAUCAAGUACCCAGACCACAUACACAUAUCAACGUCACCCUGCUAA